AGUGAAAACGGGCGACACGGAGAUGGAGGUGGGAGCUGUUAAUUGAAACCUUACGUGGUAUCUGGGUCGUGUCCGUCGGUGGAGCCCGCCUGGGCAAAACGUUCCAGGAGACACAGUGGCAUGUGGGCACCUCUGGGCCCGGGACGCAGCUCCACCUCCUCCGUCAGGGUGCGUUCACAUUUCCCCGCUUUUGAGAGGAGAUAAUGACACCCUCGGUGGCCUCCACCCGCCCGGGUCCUUAUCGGCGGCCCCAGACCCUGCUUGAGCGCCACUCGGUGUCGCGGGCCCCCGCAGGCACUAGAAGUCCCGAACCCUGAUGUGGACGCGGGUGCGCCGUAGCUCCGCUCCGCUGGGGACACUACGCUCCGGAGGCAUCCGGAGACCGGAGGCGAGGGGUGGAGCGGCGCGUGCGCACAAGGGAGCCGCGGGAAGUUCGAAAUUGACGGGCAGGGCGACAGGGCCCGGGGGCAUCCCGGGCAUGGCCGCGGCGGCCGGCCUGGCGCGGCGGCUGCGGGCAGCGCUGCGGGAGGAGGAGCCGCGGGCCGUGGAGGAACUGCUGCGCCGCGGCGCGGACCCCAACCUGGUGCUCGCGGAUGGCGUGGCAGCCAUGCACCUGGCGGCCAGAGCCCGGCACUCGCGCGGUCUGCGCUGCCUGGAGGCCCUACUGCACCGGGGCGGGGAUGCUAACGCUCGAUCGGUCGAGGCGCUCACGCCGCUGCACGUGGCUGCCGCCUGGGGCUGUCGCCGCGGCCUGGAGCUGCUGCUGGGCCAUGGAGCGGACCCGACGCUGCGCGACCAGGUGGGAGCCCAGCGCCCGCAGUGGCGGGGCGGACCCGGAGGGAGCGAGGAAGGGAGGGAAAAGGGCCUCGGGUGCCCCCUGCUGACCAAGCCGCCGCAGGACGGACUCGGGCCGCUGGACCUGGCGGAGCAGCAGGGGCACCAGGAUUGCGCACACGUCCUUCGGGAACUCCAGACUCGGACGAAGACAUCGACCCGGACCGGGGCAGAGAGCCAGGAGCCUGAGCCUGAGCCCGAGCCUGGCGGCCCAAACCCCUGGGGAAAGGGGCUGGACGCCAGCCCCUCUGGACUUCCCAAUGUGUCGCUGGCCUUCAUAGCACUGGGCAAGAGUGAUGGCAGGGACAUAGGCCUGGAAGCUGGCCCCAGACUCCCCCACCACCUGGCCCGCCCUGAGAUUGCUGACAAGGAUAGCAGCUUGGAGUACCCCCCAGGACAGUGGGACUGCAGCUCAGAUGCCUCCUUUGUCACUGCGAUUGAAGCUUCUGGAACUGAAGACCCAGCCCUGCUCACCUCCUCCUGGGCUAGGUCAUCUCCCCAGACCAAGCAGAGACUCAUGCCUACUAUUCGACCUUCCCAGAGGACGCCAAGGUCCCCAGGUACCCCACUGCUGGUACAUCGAGCUGCUGCGGCAGACAGGGAGGCAGAACUAAAUACCUGUCUGCAGGCCCUGACUCUGACUUCGCCAGAUGCCUCCCCCUCCCCCGUAGCCCUCCCCGACCGGAGCCCUGCACAGAGCCCCCCUCGGGAGCCACUGCCUGGACUCCCCCAUGUUCACUUCCUAAAAGACGAAGAGUUGUCCCUCGACAGUGAUGUGGCUGCCCUCUGGCUGACAGAGGAUGAGGCGAGCUCCACAGGUGGCAGGGACCCUGUUCCCUCUCGCUGGUGCCCUCCAGUCCCUGCCAUGACAGACCUGGAGAUACUUCGAGGGCUCCGAGCACUUGGCAAGAACCCUGGUCCCAUCACACCCUUCACUCGGACGUACCACCUCCGACGGCUGGAAGAAGCCCGUGCUGCUCCUGGCUCAGACUUUUCAGGGCACAGCCCAGAGCUGGCCGAAGCCCUGCGGACAGGCUGUAUCCCAGAUGCCCAGGCAGACGAGGAUGUGCUUGCCCAGCAGUUUGAGCGGCCGGACCCCAAGAGAAGGUGGAGGGAGGGGGUCGUGAAGUCCAGCUUCACGUAUCUACUGCUGGACCCCAGGGAGACUCAGGACCUGCCAGCCCGAGCCUUCUCACUGACCCCAGCUGAACGCCUUCGGACUUUUGUCCAUGCCAUCUUCUAUGUGGGGAAAGGGACACGGGCCCGACCAGAUGUCCACCUCUGGGAGGCCCUCAGCCACCGCCGACAGCCAGGAAAGCAGGCCUGCCCCAAAGUGCGCCAGAUCUUGGACAUCUGGGCCAGUGGUCGUGGUGUUGUCUCCCUGCAUUGCUUCCAACAUGUGGUUGCUGUAGAGGCUUAUACUCGAGAGGCGUGUCUUGUGGAUGCUCUAGGCAUCCAGACACUGACCAACCAGAGACAAGGACACUGCUAUGGAGUGGUGGCGAGCUGGCCACCCACCCGGCGACGCCGCUUGGGGGUGCAUCUGCUGCACCGCGCCCUCCUUGUCUUCUUGGCCGAGGACGCAGGGGACUCACGUGUGGGAUGGACUGGGGGACUCUGCCGAAGUCAAGAGCCAGAUUUCUCUGCUUCCCCGCUAUGGGACCCCGGGCCAGGAAUUUGUCGCUCUGAGGCUCAGUUUCCUUACUUUGUACAGUGGGGACAGUGAGGAGUGCUACCUCAGAGGGUCAUUGUGGAGAUGGGAGUAAACGAAGCCAUGCAGUGCAAUGUGUGGUUCAGAGCCCGGCACUGAGCCAGAGGCAGCCCGUCUGCCCUGGUGGAAAGUCUCUUGGGGAAGGGAGGUGCCAUGAUGCUCUCCAGGGGCCGGCUGUGUGUGGUGAUAUGUGGGCAGAGCUGGGGAGGUCGACAGGGUGUGGGUGAGCGACCAGCCCUCCCCAGGAUAGCUGUGCAACUCGGGCCUCCGGACAUUGUUUCUCUGCCACUGUUUCUUCCACCAUAAAAUGGAAUAACUAACCGCCACUUCCUGGCGAUGCUGUACCACAUCAGACUUCACAUAUGCUUAGAGCUUUAGUAAAUGCCAAGCUGUCAUCCUG